GUAGUAGUAAUGGGGGGUCAAAAAAUCAAUCAAUAUCCUCCAAGAAAAAGACUUUUGGGAUUUUGAUUUACCGUUAAACUAAACAUCAGCGUUUUGAAUUUCCCUGUGAUUAUGAUCAUUUUGAUCGCUUUUGAUCUUUUCCAUAUUUUUUUUUCCUCUUCUUUGUUACUGUGUAUCUGGGGCCUAGGGAAAAUAGUUAUGAAGUGAAGUCGCUCUCAUUUUGCUCUUGGCUUUGAGUCUCAAGUUUCAACCUUUUUUCCUAUGUUCAUAUCCAUUAAUCAACUUUCCUUAAUUCUUUCUUCACAUGGAGAGAGAAUAAACUUCUUCUGAAAUCGACCCCAAUUCAAACCAUCCCAUUCCAACUUUUAGAAGUCUUGGAAGGAAAGGAAGAGGAAGAGGAAGCGGAAGAGGAAGAGGAAGAGGAAGAGGAGUAGGAGGAGGAGGAGGAGAUCCGAAAAACAUCAACAGCUGAAGAAGAAAGAGUUGUAGAGAAGUUGAUAUGUAGGAUUUUGGCAUUUAAAGCCUUUUGGAAUAUAUUGUCUUUUCAUUCUCUGCCAUUUUUGGUAAUCUCUUCAUACUGCAUUUGUUCAUCCAAGUAUUGGGAUUUGAAUUGAUUUUGCUCAAGAAUUUUGGUGAGGAUGCUGUGCAUCUGGAAAUAUUUUUCUUCUUCCGGGUUUCUUUGAAUUCUUGGUUAUCGUUCGUUCGUUCGUUUGGAUUUGGGUAAAGAAUCGUUUGUUAAUCUUCUGGUCACAGUUUGAAAAUUGGGUUUCUGGAGCAAAACGUAUGGAAGGUUUUACGCGGAUACGGAAAUCUUGGAGAUUUGGCGUUGCCGUUUGUUUCUUACUUUAAUGGAAGUUUUAGAUUUGGAUCACUUGAUUUAGGAGAUUGCAGAGAAAUUUGGGGAAGAUGGCGUCACCUGCUCCAAGUACUCCAGUUGUGGCUGCUAGUCCACCACCACAAGCUUCGACUUCUAGCUCCCCACCAGCGGCUUCUUCUCCUCCAUCUUCUCCUUCAACGACUGCUCCAACAAGUGCAACUACUAACCCGAGUUCCACUGCGAAUCCACCGGCGCCGUCAACUGCAACCCCUACUAACCCAUCAACGCAACCUCCUCAAACCUCUUCCUCACCUCCUUCUACGGCUUCAAUGUCAACCCCGCAAUCGCAACCUCCGGCUACUUCGUCACCUCCACCAACAUCUCCUAUUCUUGCCCCUCCACCAGCUGUGGCGUCGCCGUCAGGUUCCACUGUGCCGCCUGUAUCAUCGCCACCUCCGCCUCAAACUAUCUCACCUUCUCCUCCUCCGCCUGCUGUUAUCACUACUCCUUCUCCGUCCAAUUCACCUCCGCCGCCAGCAGCAAAACCACCGGUAAAUUCUUCGCCUCCUCCGUCCAAUUCACCUCCGCCGCCAGCUGCAAAAUCACCGGCAAAUUCUUCGCCUCCUCCUCCGUCCAAUUCACCUCCGCCGCAAGCUGCAAAAUCACCGGCAAAUUCUUCGCCUCCUCCUCCAUCCAAUUCACCUCCGCCGCCAGCAGCAAAACCACCUGUAAAUUCUUCGCCGCCUCCUCCGUUCAAUUCACCUCCGCCGCCAGCAGCAAAACCACCGGUAAAUUCUUCGCCUCCUCCUCCUAGUCGUACUUCACCUUCCCCAUCUAGUUCAGAUCGAACUCCUCCUCCAAGCUCACAACCACCAACACCAUCACCACCACCACCUCCAAGACGUCAAACGGGGGCACCACCACCUCAUUCCCCUCCCAAAUCUGCUUCUCCCCCUGCUGCUGCUCCUUCUCCAAGGAACUCAUCGACUGGUGGAACUCCAGCGAUUCUAACACCACCCUCACCCUCAUCAGUGCUUCCAGCACCAGCACCUGGGAAGACUAAUUUUAGUCCAAGCACAAAUACUACAACUGGUAACUCCACUUCCAGUGGAGGGAGUAACACUAGUACAGUGCUGGCUAUUGCUCUUGUAGCUACUUUUGUAACGAUUGCUCUUGUUCUCUUUGUUGUGUGUUUGUUGAGGAAACGAAAGAGAAAGACGUCCGGUUACAAUGGUGGCUAUGUUAUGCCUUCACCAUACAACUCUUCCCAGCAAUCAGAUUCAUCCUUUCUCAAGACCCAUUCUCCAGCUCCUCUUGUGGGAAGUGGCUCUGGCAGUAAUUUUAUGGAUUCGCCAACAGAGUCAGGUGGGUUAGGGAAUUCAAAGUCAUGUUUCACAUAUGAAGAACUAGAAGAGAUUACAAAUGGGUUCUCGCCGCAAAAUCUGUUGGGUGAGGGUGGAUUUGGUUCUGUGUACAAAGGAUGCCUACCAGAUGGACGAGAGGUGGCUGUAAAACAGCUGAAGGUGGGUGGUGCACAGGGAGAGCGUGAAUUUAGAGCUGAAGUCGAGAUUAUUAGUCGUGUGCACCAUCGACAUUUGGUUUCACUGGUGGGAUACUGCAUAGCACAGCAUCAGAGGUUACUCGUUUAUGACUAUGUCCCAAACAACACCGUUUACUUCCAUCUUCAUGGGCAAGAUAGGCCAGUUAUGGACUGGGCGACAAGGGUUAGGGUCGCUGCUGGUUCAGCUCGUGGAAUAGCAUAUCUCCAUGAAGACUGCCAUCCCCGGAUCAUUCAUAGGGAUAUUAAGUCUUCAAACAUUCUUCUGGAUAACAACUUUGAAGCUCAGGUUUCGGAUUUUGGGCUUGCAAAGUUGGCUCUUGACACAAACACACAUGUAACAACACGUGUCAUGGGAACCUUCGGAUACAUGGCUCCAGAGUAUGCAUCAAGUGGCAAAUUGACCGAGAAGUCAGAUGUUUACUCUUUUGGAGUUGUGCUUUUAGAACUAAUUACGGGCCGCAAGCCUGUGGAUGCAUCUCAGCCAUUAGGAGAUGAGAGUUUGGUUGAGUGGGCUCGGCCGUUGCUUAGUCAAGCGCUUAAUAGUCAAGACUUUGAAGGGUUGGCAGACCCAAGGCUUGAAAAUAACUAUGUAGGAGAAGAGAUGUUCCGGAUGAUUGAGGCAGCUGCAGCAUGCAUCCGUCAUUCAGCUGUGAAGAGACCUCGAAUGGGGCAGGUGGUACGGGCUUUGGACUGUGUAGGAGACUCUGCAGAUCUGUCAAAUGGAAUGAGACCAGGCAAAAGCGAAGUCUUUGAUUCUGCACAGCAAUCUGCAGAGAUCAGAAUGUUUCAGAGGAUGGCGUUUGGCAGUCAACACUACAGUUCAAGUUUUUUAAGCGAAAAUAGCUGGAGGAGUAGAGAAUAUGGGAGAAGCCAAGAAGAUGGAACUAGCAGAGAAUAUGGGGGAAGCCUAGAAGAUGGGACAAGCAGAGAAUAUGGGAAGAGCCAAGAAUAUGGGUUGUAAAGAGAGAGAUCCAGUUGACAGCAGUUCAGGGAUGGGCAAGAGGAGCUUAAGGGACAAUAAGGUUGCUUGCAGGUCGGUCGUUGUAAAUUUUUUUUUUUGGGUGUAAAUGUGGAAAGGAUCUAAUACAAAUGUUUGGCCUUGGACCCAGCCAAAUUGAGUGCUGGGACUUGGAUAUUUGAGAUCAUUCAAUCAGGUUGAUUCGAGGCAUCCAGUUGCA